AACGCGCUCACCAAACUUCAACACGACCGAGAGAACGACCGUCUCACGCGAUGGACGUAGUACCGCAGGGAUACUGAAUUUUAUCACACAAAGUGCAUUUGGGCUGCUAAGCCGCCCCUCUCGCUGACAAUGUCGUUCAGCCAGGGACUGCUUCGGCGGUUGCCCUUCUCGACGUCAACAACUCCCCUCCAAGCCCUGAGCUACCUGCUGGGCAUCUCUCUUUUCAGCAUCUCGUUCCUCGUGUUUCUCAAUAGCAGUGUUUCGUUUGUGAUCACCGACCUCAUUGGCAUCAAGGAUGGCGUGGGCGACAUCGUGGGCACCCUGGGCUUCGUCGAUGAGAUCGUCGUCCUCAUCGCGUGUCCCAUCUGGGGACUGGUCUCCGACCGGAGCGGCGUGCGCUAUGUCGCCGUGCUUGGAUAUGCCAUAAUUGGCCUGUCUCUGUUUCUAUUUGUCCAGGCGCGCAAUGUCUAUCCGCAGUUGUUGCUAGCUAGGAUAUUCUUUGCCGUGGGCGCCGCGGCUGUAACCACCAUGGUGACCGCUAUCCUCCCAUCAUUGACCGACGAGACCGGGCCGGCCGCAGAAACCACAGACGAACCAGCCCCGCCAAGCGGAAGACCAAGCGUUACCCUGUCUGUCGACUCCGAAGUGACCAUCACCCCUGAACGCUUUCGCAGCGGCAGCGACCCCGCGGACGAGGAAGAACCAUUCAAGGGCUCGGAAAGCAAGGGAAAGUCAUCCGCACUCGCUGGAUACGUUGGCCUCUUCACCGGUUGCGGCGCCUUGGUUGCGCUCGUGCUCUUCCUUCCCUUGCCGGCCCGCUUCAGUCACGUUGACGGCGUAACAUUCGCCGACGCAAUCAAGGACAGCUUUUAUAUUGUCGGCACCAUCUCCUUUUUGGUCGCCAUCUUUGUGUUCUUCGGGCUACGCGGCCUAAGAGGCGAAGAAGGCAAAGGUUUCCGAACGCUUCUCGGCUGGAGGGGUUCAAGCCGCCAAAGUACCGGCUCCAACUCAUCCACCACCCCCAGAAACAACAUCCUCCCCUACCACCACCUCCUCAAACGGGCCCUCCAGCUCGGCCUGACCGACUACGACAUCGCGCUCGGCUACCUGGGCGGGUUCGUGGCGCGGGCGUCCACCGUCGCCAUCUCGCUGUUCCUGCCGCUCUUCGUCAACACCUACUUCUUCAGCCGCGGCUUCUGCCAGGGCUCGCCCACCGACCCCUCGCCCGAGCUCAAGAAGGAGUGCCGCCAGGCCUACGUGCUCUCCUCCAUCCUCGCCGGCGUCGCCCAGCUCGUCGGCCUCGUCUGCGCGCCCCUGUUUGGUUAUUUGGCCAGCCGCCGCGCCCGCGUCAACUGGCCUGUCGUGGUGUCCGCUGUGCUCGGGAUUGUCGGGUACGUGGCGUUUCCGAUGCUCGAGAGUCCCGAGUAUAAGGAUGUCAAGGGGCGCGGUGGGAGCCCCGUGGUGUUUCUGCUCGCCGCCCUGAUGGGGAUCAGCCAGAUCGGGGCGAUCGUGUGCAGUCUGGGAUCACUCGGCCGCGGGGUGUUGAAGGUGGAGGUUGUCAAUGUGCUGGCGCGGCCGGAUGGCGACCAGGAGACCCUUAUCCAGAGCGCGGACGGCGAGGGUGAUACCGCGCCAUUGCUGGAGAACUCGACUGCGUUGCCGGAGGAUACGGUUUCGAGGGUGAGGUUGAAGGGGUCGGUGGCUGGGGUGUAUUCGUGGUUUGGGGGCGCGGCAAUCUUGCUGUUGACCAAACUGGGAGGGUAUUUGUUUGACACUUGGUCUACGGGGGCGCCGUUCUACUUGAUGGCUGUGUUUAACGGGGUGCUAUUGCUUGCCAGUAUCGUCAUCGACGUUGGCCGAGCGGCCGGCGCCAGGAGGCCGCACUUGCUUUGACCAACACCCUUCAAACCUGAGACGGGAUAUUUUAAGUUAAAAUAAACACAACUUCCAUCACACGACUCAGUUUUGAUAACAGCUAACGAGCCGAAUGGUCAGUUGCGGGUUGGCUUGUGGAAUAUAAGCUCCUAGGCCGUGCUCUGCCCCAGAAACGCUACGAGCUCGCCCGGUCAACCUGUUGAACUAUUACUGCUUCUCAUCGUAGUGAGCUUAAAAGGGAGCGGGCUCAGUUUGUUUACGAAGCAAAGG